AGCCGAAGUCGGGCUCUCAACCAACUGAGCCACCCAGGCACCCCAUAAAUAUUCCAGUUAUUUCAAUGGAAAUUUAAACUUUAUACUACUUGGGUUAUUGUGAGUUCAGUUCAAAGCUCUUUGGAAGUAAUGUUCAUUGCAGAGCACGAAAGGGGAUAUGGCUCUCUGGUCAAGAUGGCACCAGGGCCGUCUCUUGAAAUUUUUUUGGUGUGUUUCCUGGGGAUGGGAGGAUUGACAUGGAGGAGGACUCCAAAAAAUGAUUUUUGUAGUAUUGGAAUGUAAAUAAUCCUUGUGAAAAUGUCUUUGGGAGUCUGUCUUAUCAGUAUAAACCUUUGCCUGACUCCCAUGAUGUGGUAGAUGCCACGUAAUAUUCUGUAGCCAGACUCAAGGGGACCGUGAUGACUGGGAGAAUAAAUCCUGUGUCAGAAAUAUGACUAAAUACUCAUUUCACAAUACAUACACUUCUCCGGUAUAAUGUUCUUGUAGAAUGCAAACAUGCUGAAGGAAACCUUAAGAUAACUGAGGUAUCUAAGAAAGAUAACAGGCAGAGAAUCAUGUAUGUUUUAGGUCGGAGGCUCAUCUUUACAAUUGUGACUACUGAGAGCAUAGGAAGGGAUACUGAUAAAGCCCUCCUGUAUUCUGGAAUAGCUGUCCUGUAGGCAAAGCAACAUAAUCAGUGCUGUGGAACAUAGUGUUUGCUCUACAUUGUCUUCCCAUCAAUGACCAUGUGGGACAUUUGUAAUUUGGUUUCCCAGAACUACUUUGUCAUGUUCAAGAAGAAUGUAAUUAAUAUGACCAUACAUAUUUGACAUGCUUUGCAUGACAAAAGCACACUGGAGACAAAGUCUGGCAAUAAAAUGACAUAGUAUGUAGGAUAGGAGCAAGCUGGAAAUGAGGAUACGGUGCCGAUUUGCGUGAAAAUCAAGUCUUCUCAGCAUAAAUGUAGGUGGAGUAUGGUUCACGACCUUUUCCUCUGAUCAGUUUAUGGAUGACCAUCAAAAUCAUUUUAUUUUAAAUGGGAAAAAGUGCAAUAAUGUGUCUUCAGCAGACUUUUCUUCUGUAUCUUGUCCCUUACACGUGAUCUUUAUAUUUUAAGAAUUUUGGGUCAGAUACCAAGAAAUUUUACUUUUACAACCAUAAUUCUGUGUAACCAAGGAGAAUCAGAUAAAGGUAAUGAAGUAGAAUGAUUAUGGUAAAGCAAAAAAUGUUUCUGUGCAAAACUUAAUAGUUCCACUAGAUGGUAGCAAAUGGUUGUUUUAUACCUUUACAGUGACUGUGUUGUUUAUAAAAUGAUCACUUUUCCUUCUUUCUUUCUUUUUUAAGAUUUUAUUUAUUUACUUUUCUGAGUAAAACCUAUACCCAACAUGGGGCUAGAACUUAAAAUCCUAGGAUCAAGAGUUGCAUGUUCUGCCAGCUGAGCCAGCCAGACACCCCAAAAUGCUAACUUUUCUAAAAUUAGAAAAACAAUUCUGGAAAGUAAAAAUUGAAUCUGAAAUGCUGCUUCCUUUGGAGAGGGUAAAACACAGUUGAGUUUAAAUCUGUCAAAGAAAAGGCAGAUAAAACUUCUUUUCCUAAUAGUCUUUUCAAGUGGCAAGAAAACAUUAAUUCCAAGCCUGGUUUCUGGUGGCUAUUGAUAAAAUUUUGCAGAAAAUCGUGGGUCGUGUAUGGACUAUUUCUCCUAGUGUUACGAAGUUUGUAUGCUUUUAAAUGACCUGUCCCUGGAGUGGGGCAGCGGCAGGGGCCCAGCAUGCAGUGCACACCGCCUUAGCUGCAGCAGUAGUGGCUGCCGUAGAGCCACACCUGCCAUCACAGCCCCUGCUCUGGUGCAGCCACCCUCGCUCCCUCUGCUCGUCCUCCCUUCGCUAGCACCAUGGCUGACGAGGUGACCGAAGAACAGAUUGCCGAGUUCAAGGGAGCCUUCUCCCUACUUGACAAAGAUGGUAAUGGCACCAUCACAACAAAGGAACGUAGAAUUGUCAUGAGGUCAUGGAGUCAGAACCCAGCAGGAGCCAAAUUGCAGGAGAUGAUCAAUGAUGAGGUGGAUGCUGAUGCUAAUGGCACCAUUGACUUCGCAGAAUUUUUGACUGCGAUGGCUAGAAAAACGAAAGAUACGAGCAGUGAAGAAGAAAUUUGCGAAGUGUUCCGAGUUUUUUUUUACAAGGAUGGGAAUGGUUAUAUCAGUGUGGCAGAACUAUGUCGUGUCAUGACAAACUUAGGAGAAACACUAACAGAUGAAGAAAUAAAUGAUCAGAGAAGUAGAUAUUGAUGGAGAUGGGUAAGUCCACUAUGAAGAAUUCAUACAGAUGAUGACUGCAAAAUGAAGACCUACUUUCAGCUCCUUUUCCCCUCUGUAGAAGAGUCAUAUUGAAUAUUUUACUUACCUCUUGCAAAAAAAAAAAACAAAAACAAAAACAAAAGCAAAAAAACAAAACAGAACAAACCGUUCAUCUACUCUUUCUCUUUCUAUAAAGCAAAACUGAAUGUCGAAAGUACCUUCUGUCCACACACGCAAAAUCCACACAUAUGCGUUGGUGGUCCUGCCUCCUGAAGAUCAAGCUACAUGUCAGUGUUACUAUAUAAACGCUUGUACUCCCUUAAUGAUAGGAAAGCACUUAGUGGACUCCUUGCGUGCCCAUUUGCUAAUGGCCAGUUUUUCAUGAAUGUAGCUUGACAAUUGAGCACUGUCAGGCUUUUGUCUUAAAAACGAAAAAUGAAAAAUCAAAUUUGAAACCUAUUCAAAAUGUGUUCCGGUUCAGUUUGUUAGUAUAAAUUGUCGAACCUGGUUUACUGAAAACAAACCUUUAAAAUUGGCUUACCUCAGGACGCUGUGCAGAAAAACGGGUGAAGGAUAGGAUGUCUAAGCGCAGCCCCACUGAGCUGGCUGGCCCUCUGGUACUUCCAUGCGCCCACCUGUGAUGGUGGGGACACACAUCCCUGCGGCAUGCCGCGUGUGUUGGUUUGGUGUUGUCCGUGUUGUAUUGGCACGAAACGGGGGUGUCAGGCUGUCACGAUUCGUACAAAUGUUUCAAAAGAAACCUUUACCAAGGGAACGUCUUUGGACUCUGUUUUUAAAAUCUUCUGAGCCAUGGGUUGGAGCCAGCAGGCUGGGCUGUAGCUGUGGACUUCAGCACAACCAUCAACAUUGCUGUUCAAGAAAUUAUAAUUUAUAUCCAUUCCAAGUUGUAAAUCCUGGUCUUUUUCCCCCAGUAAAAGGACUAUUAACUUACAAAAAAUAAAAUGCCUUUUUCCUGGAUUCCCAUGGUCGGUCAUGAAGUUGGUUGUGUUGCAAUAAAAUUUGAAAUGAAGAGAACACUUGGAGGAGUUCAAUGCGACGGUGGAAUGAUAGUAUAAGUAAACAUUUUAAAACAAGAUUUCAUCUGCUUUUGAUCUAUUUUCUACAAACCUUUCAUUAGUUUUGCCAAACAGAGUUUCGUAUAGGUAGUCUGCUAGUGGCUCACGGUUUAAUUAAGGAUAACCUGAUUAAAAAUAGACAUUUCAAAAGAGAGAGGAUCGAAGCAAGCAAAUGAGUGGUAUCACAUAUGUAUGUACCAGUUUGUUUAAUGAUUCACCCGUAUAGAGGCAUCUGGGCUGUUUCCAGGUUUUGGCUUUUACAAAGAAAGCUUCUAUGAACAUUCACCUACAGGUUUUUGCAUGAACAGAAUUUUCAUUCCUCUGGGAUAAAUACAUACACAGGUUUGCAGUCACUGAGUCAUAUGAUAUUUAUAUGUUUAGUUUUAAAACAAUCCAUCUAAUUUUUCCAGAGUGGCUGUAUCAUUUUACAUUUCCACCAGCAAUAUAUGGGUGAUCAAGUUCCUUGUCAUGCUAGUCAGCACUUAGUGCUGUCCUUAUUUUAUAUUUUAGCCAUUCUGAUAGGUGUGAAGUGAUAUUUCAAUGUAGGUUCAGUUUGCUUUUCCCUGUUGGAUAAUGAUAUUGAACAUAUUUUCAUGUGCUUAUUCAUCAUCUCUAUAUCCUCUUCACUGAAAUGUCUCUGUAUACCUUUUGCCUGUCUUCUCAUUGAAUUAUUUAUUUUUUCACUGUGGAGUUUUUAGUGCUCUUUGUAUAUUAUACAUACUGGUUGUUUGUCAGACAUGUGGCUUUCAAAUAUCUUGUUACAGUCUGCACCUUGUCUUUUUGUCCUCUUAACAGCUCUUUCACAUAGGAGAAGUUUUUAAUUUUGAUGAGGUCCAUUUCGCCAAAUAAACCCUUUAAUGAGAUUUCUUAUCUGAGAUUUAGCUUGUGAAGGAACACAUGAUAAGACAAAUAUUGUAGAUCUAUUGUAAUAUAAUUUAUGAUGAGCAUCUCCCAUUUUGGACUAAAAACUUUAAUAAAAAGCACAAUUUACCUAUAUUUUUGUGACUAAUAAAACUAUGCACAUCUUUUUUCUUAAUUUGUAUUAACUUUUUAGAGAGAGAGAAAGAAUGCAAGCAGGGGAAGGGCAGAGAGAGAGGGAGAGAGAGGAUCCGAAGUGAGCUCCACAUUGAGAGCGGAGAGUCUGAUGCGGGGCUCAAAGUCACUAGCUGUGAGAUCAUAACCUGAGUUGAAGUCGGGUGUCCCACUGACUGAGCGCCCAGGUGCUCCUGUACAUCUUUUAUUUUUAUCUUCUACCUCAGUUAGAUUGAAAUUUGUUUUUUGAGGGUUAGGAUUGUGUUCAUUCAUCCUGAGUCCUCUUUGAAGUUGGGUACAAGGUCUUACACAGAACAGGUGUUCAACAAAUAUAUUUUAAUAUUCCAUCAAGCCAUCAUGGCAGGGUGUAAAGAGGUAGAGUUUGCAAUAGUGACUUGAAAUUCUGGCUUUGCCUCCUUGCCUGCAGUGAAAAAUUGGGUGAGUCAUUUCACUUCUUGAGCUUCAAUUUCCUUACCUAACAUUUUGGAUAAUUAUACCAAGUUCAUGGUCUUCUCGUGGGUUUCAAAUGAAAUCACAUCUGUGAGGCACCCAGUAAGGUGCGUGACACAUAGUAGAUUGUAAGUAAAUGGUAAUUAUUGGAGUUACCAGGAUUUCAGCUCCAUAAAUCCUUUUUUAAAAAAAAAUUUUUUUACAUUUAUUUAUUUUUGAGAAACAGAGUGAGACAAAGCGUGAGCAGG